AUGCUCAUCAAGGAGUACCACAUCCUGCUGCCCAUGAGCCUGGACGAGUACCAGGUGGCCCAGCUCUACAUGAUCCAGAAGAAGAGCCGGGAGGAGUCCAGCGGCGAGGGCAGUGGCGUGGAGAUCCUGGCCAACAGGCCCUACACGGACGGGCCCGGCGGCAGCGGGCAGUACACGCACAAGGUGUACCACGUGGGCUCCCACAUCCCAGGCUGGUUCCGGGCGCUGCUGCCCAAGGCCGCCCUGCAGGUGGAGGAGGAGUCCUGGAACGCGUACCCCUACACCCGGACCCGGUACACCUGCCCCUUCGUGGAGAAGUUCUCCAUCGAGAUCGAGACCUACUACCUGCCCGAUGGCGGCCAGCAGCCCAAUGUCUUCAACCUGAGCGGGGCCGAGCGGAGGCAGCGCAUCCUGGACACCAUUGACAUCGUGCGGGACCCCGUGGCCCCGGGGGAGUACAAGGCGGAGGAGGACCCUCGGCUGUACCGCUCCAUGAAGACGGGCCGAGGGCCGCUGGCCGAUGACUGGGCCCAGAAGGCGGCGCAGACGGGGCCCCUCAUGUGCGCCUACAAGCUGUGCAAGGUGGAGUUCCGGUACUGGGGCAUGCAGGCCAAGAUCGAGCAGUUCAUCCACGAUGUCGGUCUUCGCCGGGUGAUGCUGCGCGCCCACCGCCAGGCCUGGUGCUGGCAGGACGAGUGGACAGACCUGAGCAUGGCCGACAUCCGGGCCCUGGAGGAGGAGACUGCCCGCAUGCUGGCUCAGCGCAUGGCCAAGUGCAGCGUGGACGGCGAGGGGCCCGAGGCCCAGCCCGCAGGGAAGCCGGGCACCGAGGCCCAGGCGGGGGCCAGCCUCGCGGGCACCCCCGACGGGCCCGAGGCCCCCCUGGGCCCGGACGCCUCGCCGGAUGCCAGCUUCGGCAAGCAGUGGUCCUCCUCUUCCCGGUCCUCCUACUCCUCCCAGCACGGAGGGGGCGUGUCUCCUCAGAGCUUGUCGGAGUGGCGCAUGCAGAACAUUGCCCGGGACUCUGAGAACAGCUCUGAGGACGAGUUCUUUGAUGCCCACGAAGGCUUCUCGGACAGCGAUGAGGUGUUCCCCAAGGAGAUGACCAAGUGGAACUCCAAUGACUUCAUCGACGCCUUCGCCUCCCCGACGGAGGCCGAGGGGGCGCCAGACCCCGGCACCGAGGCUGCCAAAGACACGAGGGACGGGGCCCGAGCCCCCAGAGACUCCGAGGGCCCGGACGGAGCCGGGGAGCUGGGGCCCGGGGCGUGCGCGGUGCACGCCCUCUUCCUCAUCCUGCACAGCGGCAGCAUCCUGGACUGCGGCCCCGGCGACGCCAACUCCAAGCAGGCGGACGUGCAGACGCUGAACCUGGCCUUCGAGGCCGUCACCCGCAUCCACUUCCCCGAGGCGCUGGGCCACGUGGCGCUGCGCCUGGUGCCCUGCCCGCCCGUCUGCGCCGCCGCCUACGCCCUGGUCUCCAACCUGAGCCCCUACAGCCACGACGGCGACAGCCUGUCCCGCUCUCAGGACCACAUCCCACUGGCCGCCCUGCCGCUCCUGGCCACCUCGUCCUCCCGGUACCAGAGCGCCGUGGCCACCGUCAUCGCCCGCACCAACCAGGCCUACGCCGCCUUCCUGAGCUCCGCCGAGGGCGCCGGCUUCUGCGGGCAGGUGGUGCUGAUCGGAGACGCGGUGGGCGGCAUCCUGGGCUUCGACGCGCUCUGCCACAGCGCCUGCGCGGGCGCCGGGAGCCGGGGCAGCAGUCGCCGGGGGAGCCUGAACAACGAGCUGCUCUCCCCGGAGACCGGCCCGGCCAAGGACCCCCUGGCCAACGGGGCGGAGGGGCUGGGCCGGGGCAGCCCCGAGCCCUCGGCCCUGCUGGCCCAGCGCGCCCCCAGCGACACGGCCGACCCUGAGCCCGAGGGCUCCCCGAACAGCCUGCAGGUGGCCCCCCCACACGCCGCCGCCUCCGGGGAGCUCCGGCGGGCCAGCACCGGCUCCUGCCCGCCCGCGGCCGCCUCCGAGGCCCCCGACGGCUCCGCCAGCGCCGCCCGCCUGGACUUCAAGGUGUCCGGCUUCUUCCUCUUCGGCUCCCCGCUGGGCCUGGUGCUGGCGCUGCGCAAGACCGUGAUGCCCGCCCUGGAGGUGGCCCAGAUGCGCCCGGCCUGCGAGCAGAUCUACAACCUCUUCCACGCGGCCGACCCCUGCGCCUGCCGCCUGGAGCCCCUGCUGGCCCCCCGGUUCCAGGCCGUGGCCCCGCUGGUCAUCCCCCGCUACCAGAAGUUCCCGCUGGGGGACGGCACGUCCCUGCUGCUGGCUGACACGCUGCAGACCCACUCGGGCCUCUUCCUGGAGGAGCUGGACAUGCUGGUGCCCUCCACGCCCACCUCCACCAGCGGUGCCUUCUGGAAGGGCAGCGAGUUAGGCACCGAGCCCCAGGCCCAGCCGGCUGCCCCCAGCACCACCAGCGAGGUGGUGAAGAUCCUGGAGCGAUGGUGGGGCACCAAGCGGAUUGACUACUCGCUCUACUGCCCCGAGGCGCUCACGGCCUUCCCCACCGUCACGCUGCCCCAUCUCUUCCACGCCAGCUACUGGGAGUCCGCCGACGUGGUGGCCUUCAUCCUGCGCCAGGUGAUCGAGAAGGAGCGGCCGCAGCUGGCCGAGUGCGAGGAGCCGUCCAUCUACAGCCCGGCCUUCCCGCGCGAGAAGUGGCAGCGCAAGCGCACGCAAGUCAAGAUCCGCAACGUCACCUCCAACCACCGGGCCAGCGACACGGUGGUGUGCGAGGGCCGCCCGCAGGUGCUGAGCGGCCGCUUCAUGUACGGGCCCCUGGACGUGGUCACGCUCACCGGGGAGAAGGUGGACGUGUACGUCAUGACGCAGCCGCUGUCCGGCAAGUGGAUCCACUUCGGCACGGAGGUCACCAACAGCUCCGGCCGCCUCACCUUCGCGCUGCCCCCGGAGCGGGCGCUGGGCGUCGGCGUGUACCCCGUGCGCAUGGUGGUCAGGGGCGACCACACCCACGCCGAGUGCUGCCUGACGGUGGUGGCCCGUGGCACCGAGGCCGUGGUCUUCAGCAUCGACGGCUCCUUCACCGCCAGCGUCUCCAUCAUGGGCAGCGACCCCAAGGUGCGCGCCGGCGCCGUGGACGUGGUCAGGCACUGGCAGGACGCGGGCUACCUGAUCGUGUACGUGACGGGCCGGCCGGACAUGCAGAAGCACCGCGUGGUGGCCUGGCUGUCGCAGCACAACUUCCCCCACGGUGUCGUCUCCUUCUGCGACGGCCUCACCCACGACCCGCUGCGCCAGAAGGCCGUGUUCCUGCAGAGCCUGGUGCAGGAGGUGGAACUGAACAUCGUGGCUGGCUACGGAUCCCCCAAAGACGUGGCCGUGUACGCGGCCCUGGGCCUGCCCCCCAGCCACACCUACAUUGUGGGCCGCCCCGUGCGGAAGCUGCAAGCACAGUGCCAGUUCCUGUCGGACGGCUACGUGGCACACCUGGGCCAGCUGGAAGCGGGCGCCCACCCGCACGCGCCCGCCGGGCCCUCGAGGGCCACCCUGGCCAAGGGCAGCUACGGCGGGGCCGCGCCCGGCGACUUCCUCCGCAAGCAGAGCCAGCUGCUGCGCUCCCGCGGCCCCAGCCAGGCCGAGCGCGAGGGCCCGGGCACGCCGCCCGCCACCCUGAGCCGCGGCAGGGGCCGGAGCAUCAGCCUCAAGCUGGACUGCGGGGAGGCCUGA